AUGGGAAACUGUUACCUUAACGAAAGAACAAGGUGGACUUGGAGUGAAAGACCUGCUAACUUGGAACAAGUCAUGUUGCUUGCGGUCAUUCUAAAAGGGUCAUCACACAACUACUGGACUACAAAGCUGAGCACUGCCUACUCUUGGUUGGCUAACAAGCUGUUGAAGAUGAAAAAUGUUGUGUACCCUCUGAUCCGCCUUCAAUUACAGAAUGGAGCCACUGCUAGAUUCUGGUAUGACAAUUGGAGCCCGUUUGGCUGCCUUCAUGAUUAUCUCCAUGCUUCCAAUUCUAGGUUUGGAAUCCCCGCGAAUGCAACGGUCGCCUCGUUAUAUAGGAAUGGAGCUUGGAGACUUCCUCCUGCAAGAUCAGAUCAUCAAUUACAACUGAUCUCCUAUCUAACAACGGUUCAACUCACAUAUGAUCACGAUUGCUACCUCUGGGAGAUGGAAGGGGAGAUAAUGCAGAAAUUCGAGACAUGGAAGGUAUAUCACUACCUCCGAGGGAACAUAGAUACAGUCAACUGGGCGCCGGCUGUUUGGUCAUCAAAAAGCAUUCCGAGGCAGUCGUUUCAUUCUUGGUUGGUUGUGCUUGAUCGUAAUCCAACCCGUGACCGUCUUAUCAGUUGGGGACUUCAAGUCAGCCAUCUCUGCCUUCUUUGA